CUGGGAGGUUAUCAACUGGAAGACCGUCGAGAAGCGUUUCUCGUAAGCGUCGGUUAAGCAGUACCACUCGGGACAUCACUGCUACGUGUAAUUAUAUCUAAAUCUACUUGUUGCCGGAUAGUCCCCAUAGAAGUUAGUCUUGGGAUAUAUCUUUUCAACCAAGUUCCAUUCUAAUCUUCCAAAAUACCGUCUCUUGUUUACAAUCCAAACGCCCAAGACCAGGCCCUGAUUACUAAUAACUGCUGACUAAUACUGACCACUCGUGCAAAAGCGGUGAUGAAGGCGGUCGGAACAAAUCCCGGGUUUCAGCGGAUCAUGACAUGACAUCUUGUUCCCAUCUUUCUUCGACAUCAGUUCUUCCUGUUCCUAUGAGCAAUUGUUUUGUGUGACUCCGUGCUGACCAUGUCUGUCGAUAGUCCCGGCCAUCAAAGCGGCGUCAAGUCGUUCUUCAGCGGCGUGCUGCGGCCCAAGAAGUCGCGCCAGGUCCUUCGGAAGAGCGGCGCGUCGAACCCCAACCUGCGUCAAACAGCGUCCAGGCAGGGCAGCAAGCUGAGCAGCGACUUCGAUGGGAAUGAAGGGGUUCCAGACCUGCCGCCCCUGGCACCACUGGAGGCCCAUCGGCUCAAAUACCGGGCACUGCAUUCCCAGGUCGACAAGCAGCUGGGCGAACGGCAGGACUACACCACCAUGUUUCAUGCCUUAGGCAUCCAAGACAACUCCGAGUCCGCCGGAUUCGUGGCGGAAGACGACAGCUUCCGCCCGCCGGGGGACCACGAUGUGGCUAGUCUCUCUGCCGAGCUGUGGGCGGGCAUCGCUAUGUACCUGCCACUCAGUGAUGCUGCAGCCCUGGCGCUGGCUAGUAAGACGCUGCUGCAGCGGCUGGGGACUGGGUACUUCUCGGCGCUGGAAGAUCCCGAUCAUCACCGUGAUAAGAUCGGGUUCCUGGUGAGGUUGGACAGUCAGCUGCCUCUGCAUCUGCUCUGUUUCCCCUGUGCGCGGUAUCACCGCCGGAUCAAGCCCGGUCAGGAAUGCCUGCAGCCGGCGAACGUGGUGGACCCGAUCUUCAGCUGCCCGGAAGCUCAUAACUCGCUGAACCCGCCGCCGCGCCACCGGCUGACGCACGGCCGCGUGCUGCCGUUCUCCUUUGUACAGCUGACGACGCGGGCGCAGCGGUUUGGGGCUCCCGUAUACGGGAUCCCCGCCGAGGCACUUAGCCGGCGAUGGAAACGUGACGGCUGGACACACAACACGCGCUACCUAGUUCACCAGAACCGGCUGCUAGUGCGAGUGGUGAGCUCAGGCUUCGCCGACCCGGGCAUGCCUCUCUCCGCGCAGCGCAUGCUGCUCUACUCGCGCGAGGACUACUGGCCGUUCUUUAGUGCAUGCGCGCACUGGCGCGACGGGGAGCUCAUGGACGCCUGCAAGUGUGCGCUGGGCCAUAUUCCACGCCCGCGGGCCACGGCCGGCCUGCAGGGCGCCGAGGCCCGUGUGCGCGACGCCUUCGCCGGCCGCGCCUACAACCCCAACUCCUUCACCACCCUCUGCAAUAAAUGCCGCCCGAUGCGCCGCUGCCCGGAGUGCCCGUCCGAGUACCUCAUCGAGAUCCGCCUGACAGAAGACAAGUCCGACCCGCGUAGCAGGCAUUUCCGCCACGCCAUCGUCGUCACCCGUUGGAGCGACCUGGGCGACGGCUCUUCCCCGCUAACAUCCCCGGAAUGGGCCGCGUGUAAUGGCGAGAGUUCCCCGGAUCAGCCCUACGACUCCUUCGCCCAGCUUGGCCGCCGCUCCAUCUCCGGCAUCUUCGAGUCCGCCUUCACCCAGGAGACCAUCCCGGGACAGCGCAUCAUCAGUCUGAAUCCCAAGGGUGUCAAGCUCGGUGAGAAUGGACACGGCUGGUACUAAUACUUAAUGAUCUUUUACCUUUUUUUUACCUUUUUUUCCAAUUUCAGGGAUACACAGGCACACUCGUUCAGCAAUGUGCAGGACACAAAAUUGAGGAAUACAAGUGAUCAGGCGUCGGGUGGUUUCCAGUUAGAUUGGCUUAUUAAUGAAUACCUAGGUAGCUACGAAAUGAAAAAGUCUUUUUUUAAUCAGGUA